AUGCCUUGCGACGACUGCAAGAAGGGUUUCCAGUGGAACGGUAUUCCAGCCGGCAAAGAAACCACUCUCAACGGUGCCAAUGCCUAUAUCACUGGUGACUCCCAGAACACCGCUGUUCUCAUUUUAACCGACUUCUUUGGCUAUACCCUCUCGAACAUCAGGCUACUUGCUGAUCAUUACGCCACCGAGGUUAAUGCUACGGUUUACAUACCAGAUAUCUUUGGUGGAGAAUCCGUCCAUCCCGAUGCUAUGACGGAUCCUGAGAUGCGAAAGACGUUCAAUCUAGGAGCCUUUUUGAGCCGGAACACUAAGGAGAUCCGCUGGCCGGAGAUUCAAGCUGCUGCGAGGACCCUAAAGCAGCAGUACGCCAGGGUAGUGGCUGUAGGCUUCUGCUACGGUGGCUGGGCGUGCUUCAAACUCGCGGCAGAAACGUCUCUCAUCGACGCUAUCUCAGUCGCACAUCCAUCUGGGCUUGAGAAGUCUGAGAUUGAAAACGUCAAAGUACCUGUGCAGGUCUUGGCCCCGGAGCAUGAUCAUGAGUACACGGAGCUGCUGAAAAUGUACACUUUUGAAACACUAGCGAAAGCCGCUGUAAAGUGGGAAUACAUUCACUUUCCAGCAGUGGGGCACGGUUUCGCGUCACGGGGGAAUCCGGCAGAUCCGACGCAAAAGGACGCAUUUGAGAGGGCAAAAGAGGAGCGUCGUUCACUUUUUCAACGAGUUCGCGCACUAGAAGUUAUGCUUUACACAUGUAUGACUUAA